ACGGGGGACAUUAGCCCACGCCCCCCGAUCCCUUGUAGAGCUCCCCAUUCCCCCCGCCCCUGACAGGGUCGGCAAAGUCGAGGAAAAGUGCUUUAAAUACAAGCAUAUUGUCAGAGCAAGCUGUAACAUCUGGUUAGAAGGGUCGGAGAACACCGCUGCAUCUAGCAUCGAGAAACUCGCUCGCUGUUUUUUAGCAGAUCAGUUUGCUGCGUAAAGAUGCCGAGCAAGAGCCGAAAGCACAGCCGCAAGAGAAGGAGGCAGGCACAGAGGAAGGCUCAGGCUGCAGCCCAGGUGGGUCCGGGAGGCACCCCUGCAGCGCCCUCUGUUGCCCCCGUGGCAAAUGGCUGCCCUGCCCCAGCUGAAGUGGUGAAGAUAGAGGAUGCUGUGGUUAAUAAAGCGCGUGUUUCUGGACCCCUGCAUGCUCCAGGCCCACGCCUGACCCGCUCAAACCGCCCUGUGUACACAGAUCUGGAGCCCGUCAUCACUCCGUCCAGAGCAGUGUUUUGUGGGGAGAGAGAGAGCUCACUGCCACCUGGAUACAGGUUUCGAGAGACGAGUGUCCCGGUGGAGAAAACGAACGACAGCCCUCAAGUCGUUCCCAAGUCCCUGAGCAAUGACGGUGCCCUGGAAGCCCUCUCCGCUGGCUUCACAAAAUCCGCCCCCAUUGCCCCGGCGGAAGAACCAGGCUCUGUGCCUCUGGAUGCCCUCAAUGCCCUGAGUGACAUACUGGGAUCCCAAGAACCUGAGCCUGAACCCCCUAAGAUCGAUCCCGCGGACAUCAUCAGUGAGCGCACUUUGGUCACAGAGGAGGAGGCUGUGCUUGUGGGGGAGGAUGAGGACACCAUCCCACCAGACUACAGAUUCACAGAGAAUGGGACAGACCUGCCCCCACCAAAAGAAGAGCCCUCCAUGGACUCCGGUGCGGCCCUGGACAUCCUGUCUGGGGAUUUCGCUGCGGUGCCAGGAGCCCCCCCCAAACAGCCCUGCUUGGAGGCUCUUGACAUGCUUGAUGGAGACUUUGCUGCCCCCGCUCAGGCAGAGGAGGUCCAGACAGACAUACCAGCCAAUCAGACCUCUACUGAUGAGACCCUUGGUGUCAUCUCCUGUGGCCCUUCUGCAGCCAUUCCCAGUGACACAGCUGUGGCCCUGGUGGAGGACGCACCUGCCAUUGCUGACCUGUCAGGAAACAUGGUGCAGGCUCAAAGUUAAAUUUCUACAGGAGGCCUGGCUCACACUCAGCAGGGACAGACGAACAGAGAGACGAAGGGACAAAGCUCCAGAUUUCAUUCAUGUUUCUCAUUUAAAUGAGGGAAAAGAUUGAAGAUAAAAAGCAAAAGAAAACAAACACAGCAUCAAGCCUUGGUUCACAUAACACACGCCAGAAAAAGUAACAUUUUGCAAGAUCAAUGAGUCUGUUUGGUUUAAAUUCGUGUCACACUAUGUCAGAUUAUUAACACAUUUUGUGCUACUUUGCGCAUACUGGUAUGCCACGUAAAACACAUUUAAAAAGCUGCACAUUUAAAAGCUGACAUAAAAGUGGAGCUGAUUUCCAAUGUUUUAACAACUAACAUUUUGUGUAAAACAAAUUUUAAAAUGAGACAAUGGUGCACUCUGCCAACUUCUGGAAUUUUCUCUACCUUCCUUCCAGUCUUUUGUUCUAAAAUGAAAAAUUGCCCACCUCCUCUCCUUUGUAUUUGGUUCUGAAGUGUGAUUCCAUCUCUUCCUCACGGUGUUGACUGGUGUUGUUGUAGUUUAACGCUACGUUUUAAUGAGUGGGUACUAGCCGCUAGUGCAAAGUCACAGGCAACAUCUGAUUAGUUCUAUGGCAGACAAGCAUACAGGGACAAAAGCAUAAAAUAUAUACAGAUUUUUUUUAUGGAGGUCUAUACAGGUAGAGGGCAUAGACAUCACUGUGUUUCUGGUGCUCCUAUGAGAAUUGGCUCUCUGAAGUAGGAUUGUGUGACUAAAUUUCUUGAUCAUUUGUGAUUCUUGUACAUCAAAUUUUAUUGCCCAUACUACAUUCACUCAACUUGCCUUAUGCAAAAUUACUAUGCAAAACUUAGCUAAGGAACACUUUCCACUAAAAUCCCUGAGAAAAAAGGAAGGCUGACUAACACCAGAACGAAUGUCCUGUUUUUUCUUGAGAAUCCUCCUCUUCCAAUACCUCGUCCAUAGGGGGACAUAAUUCUCAUUCAUCUGCGAUGCUGGCGACCUCACAAUCACAGUAAGACUUGGAACAUUUGCUGUUUAUAUUUCUUGGUUUUCAAGUGGUUAAGCUUUACCAUUUAAAUGAGAGAGAGUGUAAAAGAAAAGGACAAAGACAAUGUGACAAAAGGGAGAUUGUUUGUGUGUGUGUGUGUGAGUGUGUGUGACAGAGAGAGAGAGAGAGAGAGAGAGAGAUAGAGAGAGAUAAAGAGUGUUCAACAAGGAAGUCUCGUACAUCUUUGGCUACUUGUCCCUCCGCCGUUUGCUGUCAGUGUUUUUUUCAGUUUAGUUUACUCUGUAAAAUGUCUAAAAAUGUUUCCCCUUAGUGUUAACUCAGUCUUUUAAAAAACAAUAUUAUGCUGUGUUAGUUUACCUUUUUGUAUUGUAAUAUGCAGAUCUUUUUAUCUCUCUAUCAUCUUGCUCACCUCUUACUAUACAUCUGUUCUGUUCUUUUUUCUGAAAUCAUUGGCCUAAUGGUUAAUGAUAAUUGCUUUGUCUGUUUUCAUGGAACUUUAGGCUAGGGGUGUGUUCUGGAAUUCUUUCAAACUUGUCUUUUUGUUAACUGCAUCUUGUCUAAACUUGUUUAAUAGUUUCUCCCAUAGACACCCCAAGAGCAUUUUACCCUGUAGAAGCCUCCUUUAAGACACUGCUGAGAUAUAAGGUUGACAUAGAAAGUGCUUUGAUAGCAAUUGCUAAACAAGAUUUCACGACAAAAAAAAAAAAAAAAACAUUUUAGAAAUUACAUUGUUUUUGUUGAACGGUUGUGGGUACUUUUGCUUUAAUGACGGUGUUUAUGGAACAGAUGGAUUUCAAAAUGUUUUAUAAAAAUGGAAAAAACAAAAAGGAA